AUGGACAACAAGCUGCAGCAACACCGGGACAUACUUCGAACGGUUGAGGGCCUGACAGAAGCUAGUCUGUAUCAUUUGGUGUCCGGAUCCAAAGGAAAGGCCGGAUUCCAAAUCACCUCGACCCUGAAGUCGCCAUUAGGUCUCCUCAUGCCGCAGGUACUGAGUAUGAAGUGUCUAUCGGACAUCGCUGUUCAAUCUCGUCUGCUGCCGCAUCUGGCUGAUGUUUUUGCGGAGGUCGAGAACAUCAACUCUUACCGAAAGAGUCUACCAAAACCCCUGACAUCGCGGGCCAACACCGCUAUCCACUUUGCCAGCUCGACCCCGGACUUUGAUUUCGAUAAUGGCGAAUUCGACGAUGGCUUUUAUGCCGACGAAGAAUUGGAUCAUAUUUUCAGCUUGGUUCCAGAAAGAGACAUCUUAGACACACGCGAGGAGUAUGCCAUGGAAUCCUACCCGCAAGACGAUGAGCAAGGCGAGAUUGGAUAUCGACAACCAUACGACGCUGAUCAGAUAUCCGAUGACGAUGCUUGGCUGCCAGAAAUGGACACGGAUUUGUAUUCGGAAGAUGAAUUCUGCGAACGGCCACUGUUGUCACCAACAUUUGACCUAGAUCAUCUGGACGACCACCUGGAUCAACACGCUGAUGAUCAAUUCGCCGAUGGGCUGUCAGAUUAUGAUACCGAUCUUCUCGAACCAGAUAUGGACGUUUAUGCUCAUAUUGAAAUUAGCGAAGAGCAUGAACCUCGCGCGGGCAUAACAGCACCGUUCUACGAUGAGGAGUCCGGGGAGUGGGUGGAAUCGGCGCCGUGUGAUGGAGGGGUAGAUACGGUCAUGAACGAGUCGGGGAACGAUGUUGCCGAAACUCAGCCCGAAGCGCAAGUUGUCGGUCAAACAAGCCCAAUACCACAUUUCAACGCAUCAACUGAAGAAUGGAUGAAGUCGGCGCCUUCUGACGAUGGGAUGAGUUGGACAACCAAUGACAACGGUCUAGCUCCAUACCAGGGAUACGAAACGGUCUCUGAGCAAGAGUACGAUUUGUCUUCAGAAUCUCCUGGUGCAGUUACGACGGAUAACCAUCAUAUGUUUCGCCGCAGUGUUGACCAAGACCAACUCAAGGGCGAUAUCGAUUUCGGCUCAACGCAUUCGGAAAAUUUGGUGCAACCCAGUGCACAUCAUGGGGAAAUGGAUGUCAGCUUGGAAAUGACGCAAGCAUUGGAUGACCGGGACAGCGACGACGAAUACUAUUUAGAGCUAACGCCAGACCCGUAUUCCUGGCAUAUGGAAACGGCGCCUGACAGUUUCGAAGAUGAGUAG